AUGACCUCAGUGAUUCUCAAACAAGAGGAUGUUUCAACUCCUGCUAGAACCUACUCCUACAGAAGCCGCCCCCGAGCUGUGCCUGCCAGAAAGCGGUAUCGAGAACAUGAGCAGGGUGUUAAUGAAGAAGGUGCAGUCCACUAUGGGAACCUCAUGUAUGACCGGAGAGUGGUUCGAGGCAACACAUAUGCUGCUCAAACAUUACCUUGGAGUCCUGAACCUGAUCCUGUUGAGAUUCAGAAGCAACGAGAAGCCCACAGGAAAAUGCUUGCUAGAAAGAGAGCAAAGGAAGAGGAGCAGGUACACACCCCAGUAGUGGACGAUAGCAAAAGCCGUGUCGAUGUGCAGACAGAAUUGUACCUGGAAGAGAUUGCAGAUCGCAUUAUUGAAAAUGAUACAGAGUGUCAAACAGAUGCUUUCCUCGAAAGGCCAGACUCGCCAUUAUUCAUCCCACAGAAAACUGGAGCUGAUGCAGCUACACAAAUCGAAGAAGGAGAGCUCUUUGAGUUUGACAUUGAAGUCAAACCAAUGCUUGAAGUUUUGGUUGGAAAAACCUUGGAGCAAGCUUUGCUAGAAGUCUCAGAAGAAGAGGAGCUGGCCAAUCUUCAGGCCCACCAGUACGCUUACCAGGAAUUGCACAAUGCAGAGAUAGCUGAAGUGCACCGCCUAGAAGAACGACAGAGACGACGCAAAGAGGAAAAGGAACGUCGUAUGAUGCAGCAAGUGGAAAUACAGGAAAGGCAGACAGAAGUCACUGAGAAAAUCGCAGCUCGGGCCUUUGCUCUGCAGUACCUGUCGAACCUCAUUCCUUCAGUCUUCACUAAUCUUCAGAAUAAGGGGUUCUUCUAUGAUCAAACAGAAAGUGAUGUUGAGGAAGGAUUCCUUCCAUAUUUGAUGGACAGCGUAGAAGAGCUUGUGAAGAAGAGACUUCAAGGAAGAAUAAUGACUGACUUGUUAAUUAGGGAGGUGGCUGGAAAGAGGUUGGAAGACUUCGCUGAAAAUCAGAUGUUUGAUCAGUAUCAAAUAGAUAACAUCGGGCAGCGUUCCUUUCAGAGGAAUUCUAGCAAACUCUUCGGUAGUGGAUCUGCAAAAUCUUUUGGAGGCGCAGAACUGUCAUAA